GGGGCGCUAAUUCGAGGAUUUCCGGUAAAACAACUCACUGAAUGAGUUAAUUUUCCACCUGGAGGUAUCUUUUAAAGAGCUGAAGUAUAAAGGGAAACUUUGUCAUAAAUGAAAAGCAAUAUAUAUGCUUGAAGUCAACAUGUUGGCUACAUUUCCCAAGAACUGCAUGGUUAAUUAAUUCACUGUAGUUAUCAGAGAAGGAAGGCUGCAACAUGCUGAUGUUUACGAUAUCAAAUUUAGGAUAGACUGGUCUAAAACAGGAUACUUCAUGGCAUUUCAGUUAUUGAAAUUAAGAUUCUGUAGCUCGGAGUGCAAGAGCUUUGAAUCUGGCUUUGGAUGAUUUCGUUGUCUUGUUAACGUAUCAACCAGUUUACAGGAAAUCUCCUCUUUAUCAUAAAACUAGUUGUGGACUUGAAUUGUCUGAAAGUCUUUCUUGUAAUUAAACAGAAACCCCAUCAUCGUUCAAGGAAAAACACUUCAAUGCAAGUGUAGGAACCACGCUAUCAGCUGCCACGAAAUGCAAAUAAAAGCGCCGGGAUUCCGAAGGGGUCCGAUUGUGGCCGUUAAGAAAAGGACGGAUCCAGGGCCUGCCGGAAUUUUCUUACAGUUCAACUAUCCAACUAAAGAUCCAUGCAAAAAUAAUCCGCGAUACUGAUCUCUGUUUCCAAACCAACCGGAUCAAGAGAUUCUCCAUGUCAAGCUGGAGUGGUAAACAAACGAUUUUCAUUCAUCGUUUUUGAUACCAAAAAUGGUUUUUUGCUUUUGAGUCUUGGAAAAUAACUGCCUUUGAUAUUACACUAGCCUACUAGGAAAGAUUCGUUUAAUUCUCUUGAUGCAUGUGAGUGAACAUAUCGGUCGAGAGACGAUAUAACCUUGUCUAACACAUAAACCAAUGCAAUGUCUUCACCAAACGGUGUUAGAACGAACACUGUUGCAUGCAGUGGUUCCGCAAAGAUAAAAGCGAAAUUAGCAAAAGAAGGUCAUAGCUGAAAACAAAUUUUAAUUUGAACAAAUAAAUCUAAAGGAAAAAAUUUUAUAGUUUAGAACAUUCCCUAGAGCAGGUGUAAGGAAGUCGUAGCUAAAGCUAAAACAACAUUAUUUAAAUUGUAUUGGUUGCAUUGUUUGCUUCGUAAAUGAUAGUUAAUGGUCGACGGUGACAAACAUGUUUUGAAGCUGCAAAAUUCGGCAACAAAUUGCUGAUUUUGGAGUAGUUACCUCUCUUAAACAAUACUGGAAAAAUGUUUUCGUCGUGAUUCAUAUUGUGAGAGUAAAUGAAGACAAUCGAAGCCUGACUGAAGAGAAUUUCAAACAAUUUUAAACAUUCGAGAUUUUGAAACCUUUCCAAGAAACAGGAGAAAGGAAGUUGGAGCUAAAAUUAGUAUUUCGCAAAUUUGUUGCAUUGUUUACCAAGUAAAUAUCAGUGGACCGAGUCGAAAAACUUGAUUAAAGGUUUCAAACCCGUUUUGAAGGUGCUUCAGCAAGAGGCAGAACUAGGCAAAAAAUUCAUUUUGACGUGGUAAGUAUAUUAAAAGAACACGGAAUAGUCACAAGCACCUCACAAAUUGAUCGUCAAACAGUGGGAGCUUCUCGAAAGUUAGAAAGAACAUAUAACGAGUUGUUACGAAUUAAUAGGCAAAAUAUGCCGAAGGCUCUGGUCUAAAAUCAACAAUUUAGGGCAGGUUUGCUAAAGCAGGAGAUUAAUAUGACAACAUUGUCCGAACCUUGUUUAUUAAAACUUAAACAUGCCUUAAGGACAUUUAACGGGCCAUUUAAUAUUUCGUGGUCCAAGCUUUCUUAAUUACCAAUAAUUGUGACUUCCCAUGGGCAUUUGGGGUUUGACUGCGGUCCAAAGUUAAUGAUUGUGUAAGGCAGUCAAGGCCUGCUUUUUCAACGUAAAAGGGGACAAAAGAUCCUCUUGUCAAAACUGUCCGAACCUUAAACGGCCUGGUGUACCUUGACUACCUUUGACUCAACUAAACGCAGGUUAGAGGUUUUGAAGUUUAAUUAAUUUAAGAUUUAACGCUAUACUGCGACAGAAUUAAAGAUUUUUGGCGAAGCCUAAAUUAUGCUAUUAUCUCCACCGCCGAGAAAAAUUCGAUCGCAUCAGUCUGAAUUAUUUCCCUAAAAAUUACUGUGGGGAUCCAAAGGAGCAAGCCUUAUGUCUUAAAAUCCGCAUUUCUGACCAAUUAUUUUGUGUGACAAACAAUUUUUUGACCAAUUAUUUUGUGUGCGCAUUUUGACGGAACUCAGUUGUUAUCGAUUUUCCAGAAAAUAUAUCGAUAUUCAGCCAAACGAAGUGUGCUGCAAUUUGUCGCAGAUUAAGGUGUAAUAAAGUUUAGAAUAUGAGAGAAAUUAAUUUUUCUAAUGUUGGCAUCAAAUGUUUGAUGGUUGAUUACAAUCGCUCUUCAAAACCGAACGGGAAGUUUUCCACUCUUAAGUUUGCAGUCAAUUCGCUUCCACAUUUUAUUUUAUAACACGCAGAAGGGAAUUAGACCAGUGCUAAGCAGGCAGUGGUAAUAUUUAUAUAUAUAUCAAUGAAAAUCAAUUCUUUUUUAUUAACGUCGCUGUGAACAGUCAAAUAUCUGAAAACAUGAUAGAAUUAAAAUUUCACGUCCCGUGUGAUCUGUUGGUAGGACUAAGUAUUUUAUGCAAUUCUAAAUAAAAAAAAAAAAAAGAAACAGCUGCAAAACUGGACUUUUGCCUCUCGAAUUUAAUAGAGCUCUUUUUAGCUGCAAAAACGUCGAGACUAGUUGAACCGAAUAAAUAAAGUCAAUAAUGCCAUUAUCAACCUCUUCAUAUCCACAUGCUUCUACCGACUAUAAAGGCUUUCUACCUAUUUACUUUAUUUAAUUACAUCAUCAUAUAAUAAUAUAAUUUCUAUUAAUUUAUGUUAGUCAUGACCUCCUUUGAGAAGAAUCGUAUCCGUAAAAUAAGUUAGAGAUAAUUCCUUGGAACAGACGCGUUCGACAAAACAUUUUGAAGUUGAUCUGCGUUUGAUCUGCGUCGUAUUUGGUGGACUCCUUUGCGUUCUCAAAAUUUGGUAUUCCGAGCGUUUCCGUAAUUAGAAACUCUGAACUUUAAAAUUUCAAAUACUUUAAAGUUUCAAAUGGAAAUGUUUUCCCCCAAAUUCGCCUUAACUGUAGCCUUAAAAUAUUUGUAAGCGAUCUUCCGGAACUUUUUCUGUUACCGCCGAAAACGAGAAUAAAACGCCAAGAAUGAAAACAAUUAGAAGGAAUAGCAACGAUCACUUAGUGAGCCUUCGGCUUCGGCUGAUAACCCCUACCUCGACCUUGAUUAUUCUGGAUAUCACAAAAACCUCAUCCAAUAAUUGUUUAUAAUGGCCGGGUUACUUACUUGUCUUCAAGUUAUGCAAUUUGACGUUUAUUUUGCAGCAGUUGUUACUUCACUGUUUAAAGUAAAAACGCGACGAUACAUUUUGCAGAGUGACUGUAUUCUACUGUCGGAGUUGCCACUAAAACCACUAAUCAGGAAUUGAAGUUUCCUAUUUACAAGGCAGACGAGUAAUUAGUUCUAACAGCAACAAGAAAAAGACAGAGCUCUGAGAUGUCUUCACCCGACUGCAUAACCUGGAUGACUAUAGGCUUAGUCGAGUCUGUUGCCAUAGUAACACUCAACCUCUGUACGAUAAUUGUUUUUAUAAGAAACUGUAAUCUCCGCAAGCGUAGCACGUACCUGGUGAUAAAUUUGGCAGUUAUAGACACGCUGGCUGGAGGAGUCGCUGUGUAUGCUCUGUUCUAUUGGUUUGGAGUAAUCUGUGAAGUAUGGAGGGGGCAUCUAAAUGUAGGUUUGCAAGGUUAUAUAGUAGAAAAUCUACUUGUUUUUUUUCCUGGUAUGUCCAUAUUUAACAUAUCCCUUAUUGCUUUAGAGCGGGCGUAUGCUACUUUUCGGCCUUUAAGGCAUCGCCUGCUAAAAAAAUGGGUAUAUGGCCUACUAAUUGCCUGUGGUUGGGUUGGACCUGGGUUGCCAAUAAUUACUUUGGAACUUCUGAAAACAACUGGAGCGCGUAAUCGUUACCCAAAGAUUGCAGGUAUCUUGUUUUGCCUUUUGACCAUCUGUGUUUCUUACUCAUCCAUUGCUAUUAAAGUCCGUUGUGGAGGGCAGCCUCAACACCAUGGUGCAGCCAGUAGAGAAAGAAAACUGACCAUGACAUUGUUGAUUGUGAAUAUUGCAUCUCUUCUGUUGUGCCUGCCAGUUGUUGUGUUCUAUAUUCUCCUUGAUGACGGUCCAUUUGAAUUGUCCGUUUCAGCGAGUAGUCAUUUAUAUGGUGCAGUUCAGGCUUUACUGUAUGCAAACCCUCUUGUCAAUCCUAUAAUAUAUGCUAUCCGCAUACCAGGAUACAGAUCAGCUGUAGCUGCCCUCUUUUGCAAAAAACCUGCUCUUCGUAAUGGCAAUAGGCGAGUUGUAGAUUUACCUCUUCGUGACUUGUAAUACAUUAUGAAGCGCCAUCGUAUUUUUCUGCCUGGCUUUUUUUUAGCUUGAAAUAUCAUGAUAUUAACAACAGUUUUAAGUUUUAUGUGCAUAAAUUGAGAUGAGGGAAAGAAAUUAUUAUCUUCGUAAGAAAGUUUGAUUUUAAAGACGAUUUCCAGUCCGUACUACGCAGUCUCGGCAUCCUAAUGUUUAUGAACAUUUAUAAGGCUCACUCGAUGGUAUGCGAGUCGAUGUUAUUCGUUACGAGCCACAUACCUUAUCUUUGAGGCCUUUCGAAUUCUUUUU